AUGGAGGAUGAAGCAGCAACAUUUUUGGAUGCUGCCUGGAUAUUUGUAGUGAUAUACUUUGCCUUUUUCAGCCAUAAAAAAUACAGAGCUAUUCUGAAGAAAGAGAAACGAAAGAAAAAAAGGCAAGCACUUGCCAGGUUAAGAGAUUCAGUGAUUGAAGCCCAGGAGAAAAAAUUGUAUGUAGAGGGACGUGUUACUUUUUCCUCAGAAGUCACUGAAAAAGAUGAACCAUUGUCUGAAGAGGAGGAACUGGAAGAAGAGGAAAAACAACUUGAGGCUGAAAGGCAAAAACUACAUGAGGAAUGGUUGCUGAGAGAAGAAAAGGCUCAAGAAGACUUCAAGGUCAAGAAGGAAAAAGAAGAGGCCAUAAGAAGACUUCAGGAAGAAGAGGAGAGAAAAAUAAAAGAAGAAUGGGAAGAACAGCAAAGGAAGGAGAGAGAAGAGGAGGAGCAAAAGCAACAGGAGAAGAGAGAAAGAGAGGAAGCCGUGCAGAAGAUGCUGGAUCAAGCUGAAAGUCAGCUGGAAAACGGCACUACCUGGCAUAACCCAGAACCUCCAGAGAACAUAGGAACAGAAAAAGAUAGAGCUAAUUGCCCAUUUUAUAUCAAAACAGGAUCCUGCAGAUUUGGAGACAGGUGUUCCCGCAAACACAACUACCCAACAUCUAGUCAGACGCUUCUGAUCAGAGGUAUGUUUGUGACAUUUGGGAUGGAGCAGUGUAGAAGAGAUGACUAUGAUACAGAUGCAAGUCUUGAGUACAGUGAAGAGGAAACUUAUCAGCAGUUCUUAGAUUUCUAUGAAGAUGUGCUGCCUGAGUUCAAGAAUGUGGGGAAGGUUAUUCAAUUCAAGGUCAGCUGCAACUAUGAGCCUCACCUGCGGGGAAAUGUGUACGUUCAAUACCAGUUGGAGCGAGACUGUCAAGAAGCCCUUGCUCUGUUCAAUGGACGAUGGUAUGCAGGACGACAGCUUCAGUGUGAAUUUUGCCCAGUGACAAGAUGGAAAACUGCUAUAUGUGGUUUAUUUGAAAGGCAGAAAUGCCCAAGAGGGAAACACUGCAACUUUCUUCACGUAUUCAGAAAUCCACACAAUGAGUUCUGGGAGGCUAAUAGAGAUAUACAUAUUUCUCCUGAACGGACCAGUCAAUCAGCUAAAAACUCUGAAAGGAGAAACAGAUCAGGCCAUCAUGAGGACUAUUACAGCAAGUCAAGAAGACGGACCAGUCCUAGCUCAGACCAUUCUUACAAAAGAAAUGGAGAAUCAGAUAGGAAAAAAAGUAGCCACAAGAGCAAGAAAAGACGGCAGUCUGGCAGGUCGAGAAGUCGGGAACGAAGGCGGUCACAUAGUAGAGGGAAGAAGAGGAGAGGUCGUAGUCGCAGCAGAAGCCAUAGUUGCACACGUGGUCAUAGUCGAAGCCGAAGCUCCUCUCGGUCCAGGAGUCGGGGCAAAAAGAGGUCAGACAGCAGGGGCAGAAGCAAUGACCUCCCGCCAAAAAAGUGAGAAUGCUUUGAGGAGUUGCCACUUGAGCAACUAUAGUGUUACUAACAUACCAUGUGUGUCAAAGAUGGCUAUGUAUAAAGAAUGUUGUACUAUAUUAGGGCAUAUCUUGUAUUAAAAUUGAGUAUCUUAAUAAUAAAAGACCUUGGACUAUGACCAAGAAAGAUGGUAUAAAUUUAAUUAUUUAAACUUACCACAGACCAGGAUUAUGGAAAUUCAAUAUUUUGUGUAAAUCCUUCCUGGAGGACUAGAUCACUGAAUUUAUCCCAAGAUCAAGUGGAGAACAGGGAUCAAAAUGCUCCCUGUGCUGUUCCUUUAACUUACUAUUUACUAAGCAAUCAUGGGGUGACAUUUAAGAUUUUGAAAGCCACUUUGCCUCUUCUGCUAGUGAGGGGUGAGCAAUAAAAAAAACCCACCCCAACAGCCUGCCAGCAUUAGUCUCUGACUGGCCACUGUAUUUACUUGUGCCUCCCCAGGUGUCAGGCAACGACAGCUCUCAUUGACUACAGAUUGCUGUUCAUGGCAGCAUGGAUCAGAACGCUGCUUCCCACAGCUCUCAUUAGCCACAAACAGUGAUCUACAGCCAACGAGAGCUGCCAUGUCCAGAUAUCAGCAGAAGUGCAGGUAAAUAGAGACAGGCCUGCCAGGAACUAACCCUGCGGACCGAAGCAGGUCCGCAGGCCAGAAUUUGCCCACUUCUGUACUAGUGCCACUGAGGAAAUUCUGCAUAUAGGCACAGCAUAGGAAUGGUCCUGAUGAAUGAAGGAGAGGAACAAAAAUACCAAGAGGGAGUGCACAGGGGUUUCAAUGGUAGGCCACACCAACUGAUAUUUAAUACUGUGCUCCUUAAGCUAGUUAAGAGUUUGUGCUUGUAUUCCUAGAGCAGCAACAGGAAAUACUUUGAAUAGACCCAAAAAAAGUCUGCUUGCUUUAGAUAAUAGUGUUAGCAGAAAUGUUCUUAUUCCUCCUCCUGCCUUUUUAAAUGAGGAAAGACAUGGUUCAGCAACUAAACUGGGCAUAAAUCAAGGCAGUAAUGUUAAGGCAUGGUAAUUUAAAAUGGGGAGCAAUGGCUAACGUGAACUUAGGGUUAAAGAUCACUGCAGGGAUACUAUAAACUUAAAUACAGGAGUGUUAAGAAACAGAGUGGCUGAAGAAACUAAUAAAGUACAUGUAGGGGAGUAAUAAGUGUACUGCUGUCAGGACUUCCUUAUUCCAGUUCUUUAUAUACUUUCCUAGGUGGAGCAUGCUGCCACUAAUGAACUUGGAUGAAUUGUUUUGGUCAAAGUGGUAAUAAAAAUAUUUAGAAACCACAGUUAAGCCUGAUAACACCCCACAUCUAUCAGUGUUUAAAAACUUCAUUUGCAUUCCAACUGGAUGUUUGAAACCAGUAUUAUCUUGGGACAGAGAUGCAGAAUUUAAAAGAUUUUCAAAGGGCAUGUAGGCACUUAAUUCCUACUGACUUUUUUUUCAAGCAGAACUGGGAAUGUAGCUAUUCUUGAAAAUACAACCCAUAAUGCAGAUGCUUGUUUAUAGCUACACUGUUAAAUAGAAAAGGAAGUAUUUAUUCUAGCCUUGACUUGAGGGCACAGCUUCCUCUAAAGCUUUAUCCAUGCAUCAGUGUGUUAAUAUCAAUAGUGCAUUCAGCAGCUAUUUUUUUCUCCACAUUUAAGCUGUUUAGAUAUGCAUUUAGCAUCAAAAGCUAGGUUGCCACAACUUUGUGUCAGCAUUUGUUUUUCAAUUGCUUUUCUUCCUCCUGCAUAACAUCUAGUGAUCAAGUGCAUGGGGAAUAAGUCAUAGGUAUGGCUUUUUGCAAUUACACUAUAGCUUAAUGAGCAAUCUGUUUUGUUUAAAAUCCCCCACAAUUUUCUCUUUUAAAUGUAAGCUUAAAUUUUGCAGGAGAAAUAGCAGAAGGGCUUACAAAGGGACUAAACUCAUUAGAUGAAUUUUUCAUGGUGUAGUUCUACUGCCCUAAUAGCUCCUAAUACAUGGUGUCCUAAAGAAAUGAGAAUAGCACUGAGGAGUCCAUGUUCUAGAUACUGUACAGGUAGCUCCUUGCUCCAUGGACCUUUCAGUCUCUUCCCCCCAAAAAGGGCAUUUCAAGUAGUCUUUAGUAAGUGUAGGCUAUUGACAAGAUUCCCACCCCAAAGCGAGAUUUAAUCCUGGUAGAGUGUACUUUAAACAGGGUUUCUGUACAUGCUCUGUAAAAAUGCAGCAGCAGCAACUAAUUUCAUAGCACUCUACUUCAGAGAAAAGCUAGUGACCCAGGUACAAGGCACAGGAAAAUCAGGCUCUUCAGCUCUUCUGGCCUGCUUAGUUCGCCAGUUCAUAGCAGUAGAGCAUGUUUAAAACAUCUGAAAACACUUUUAGCUCUAACUUUUGCCCUCCAUGCUUGAAGGGAAGAGUAAUUUUCUCAGGACAGAUUAAGCAUGCUCUGCAUUACUAUAUUUACUGUACAGUAUUAAAACCUACACAACUGUUGGUGACAUCUGUAAUGCUAUUUGUCAUUGACUGUACUUUGCCUCAAAUAAUGAAAACUAGAGUUAUACUGUAUGUCAUCCAAAUUGUUCUCAGGCCCACAUCAAUAGCUCUCAGAAGCAGAGUAGUUCCAUGUUAGUUUGUAACCAGUAAUGCUUUCAAGCAUGGGUACAUCAGCUUGAGGAUUGUGAGCACAUGUAGCUUUCUUUGCAGAGGUUGAGAGAUCAAGAGGAGGACUGCUUUCAGUUUCUUUCAAGAGUGUUUACCACACAUUAUGAUGCCUCACCCGGUUCCUUAAAUAUACAGUGCUAUUGCAACCACUACUCGACUAUAGCAUCCAGUUCUGUCAUCCACUAUUUCAAGGUUGUACCCAUGACAGCUCAUACCACCAUUUCAUGUUGUCAGUCUGUAACUGGAAAAACUUAAAAAAUGAAUAGUCUUGCAGACUAACUCAGCUACUCCUCUGAAGCUUUUAACUGAAGAGGGUUCAAGUCAGAUAAUUAAAGGACAGGAAAACAUGCCUUGUAGUGACAGAUUCAAAGAGCUCAAUCUAUUUAACUCAGGAGAUUAAAGGGUGAUUUGAUAAGUCUGAGUACCUAUGUGAGGAACAAAAGCAAGAUUGUAUGCUAGCCUUGAGAACCAUCCUAAGAUAAGAUUCAACAGCUGGAAGUUGAAGCUAGACAAUCUGACUAGACAUAGAUGCAGUUCUUAACAAGGAGUAUAACUGACCACUGAAAGUUAGUACAGCUGUAGUCAAUCACUAGACUUUAAUCAAAUUUGGUUUUUCUGACAUGCUCUAGUUCAAACAUGAAUUAAUGCUGAAAAGUGGUAUGCACUGUGUUAUACAGGUCAGGCUAUAUGAUGAGAGCCAGAGAGAUCACUAUCUAUGAAUUUUUCAAAAAAAGCCUUACUGGGGCAGGUUAUGAGCAAGAUGCAGGGAUCUACUUUAGCAUGCUACAAAAAACAGCAUCCCUUCCUGUAAGCUAUGGAAUUGGCAUGCCACCAUUGUUCCAGCUUCACAAGAUAUAAAUGGCGGGCAGGGGAAGAAGUGGAGAUCACACAGAGAUAGUGGAGAGACACAAAUAGCUAAAGCAACAGUUUUUUUUGGGGGGAAGAGGGUAGCUUUGAGAUGAAAGGGUGUAUGUUCAAAUUAUCAUAGAAUCAUAGGGCUGGAAGAGACCUCAGGAGGUCAUUGACCAAAGCAGGAUCUACCCUAACAAAAUCAUCACAAUCAGGGCUUUGUCAAGCUGGGACUUAACCUCUAGGGAUAGAGAUUCCACCCCCUCUCUAGGUAACCCAUUCCACUGCUUCAUCACCCUCCUACUGAAAUAGCUUUUCUUAAUAUCCAAC